AUGGCUACUGAAUUGACCGUGCAGUCUGAGAAGGCUUUCCAGAAGUUGAAACUCGUAUUUUGCCUGGCUCCUUGGGAUUCUCAAGUGCAGCGUUGUCCUCCCAAGUACUCUAACACUCAGCAACCACACAUCUUCACCAACCCAAAGGCCAAGGCCUCCAAGAGAACCAAGAGAUGGUACAAGGACGUCGGUCUGGGAUUCAAGACCCCUAAGUCCGCUAUCGAGGGUACCUACAUCGACAAGAAGUGUCCUUUCACCGGUACUGUCUCUAUCAGAGGUAGAAUUCUGACCGGUACUGUUGUGUCCACCAAAAUGCACAGAACCAUCAUCAUCAGAAGAGACUACUUGCACUACAUCCCUAAAUACAACAGAUACGAGAAGAGACACAAAAAUCUCGCUGCUCACGUUUCUCCAGCUUUCAGAGUUCAAGAGGGUGACAUUGUGACUGUUGGACAGUGCAGACCACUUUCCAAGACCGUUAGAUUCAACGUUGUUAAGGUUGCUUCUGCUAAGGGCAAGGCCAAGGCUUUCACCAAGUUCUAA